GACUGUGUAUCUUUUAAUGGAGUGGACAGCCGUGGAAACAUGUUGGUGGCGCGUAUCACGCGUCUACACGGAAGAACUGCAGAGGUAUGGUUGAUGCUGAAGCUCGAGGACGGACGUUACUUUCACUUCCCCAGCUUCCCCGACACAACUGUCUACAACACCGACGGACAAACAUUCACUGCAGGAGGCUUGCAGUUUGAAGUUCUGCACCCGAUGCUGAGGUGGCGAGUGACGUUCAAUGGCCGCCUGAGAGAAGGUCAAAGAAAUGAGCUGGAUAUAGAAGAUGAAGGCAUUCUAGUGCACGUUCAAUUUGCAUUCGUGUGUACGUCUUUUUCUGGGAAGUUCUCAUACAUCGAUGACAACGAUCUUUCUGUGGUUUCCGAUGUUGUUGCUAGAGAACCAUGGAGCCCUAGCUACCUUCAACGCUUAAAUAAAUACAGGUAUGUUUCAUGAAAUUGUACUUACCAUGUUUAUUACUUAGACAAUCUCUUGA